AACCAUCCAUUUUGCAACCACGAAUCAAUCGCGCUUGGUUCUCUUGUUUUUGCUCCGGAGAUCAUUAUGGCUGGUAGAAACCGUUUGCCUCCUCGUCACAUGAUAAAUGAUCAGAUGUCUGGUUUCCAUGAUGCCCCCCCUCCUCAGUUGCACCGAGGACGUGGGCCUGUACCUUUUAGUCUAUUGGAGGAAGAUGUUGCAAUUCGACGUGAAGAAAUUCGCAGGCUGGUUGCUAAUAAUCGGCUUCUGAUUGAGGAGAAUGUCACUCUUGGAAGGGACAUAGCUGCUGGAAGGGAGGAGCUUCACAAUUUAAGCCAGAUCAUUCCAAGGAUCCGGGCCGAUAAAGAAACCCAGGCAAGGGAUCUAAUUCAGAAGGGCCUGAAGCUAGAAGCUGAGCUCCGCGCCAUUGAACCUAUCAAGACUGAAGUUUUGCAGUUACAAUCAGAACUUCAGAAACUGGAAGCGUUUAAGCAGGAGAUGCAAGGAAAGAUUCAAGGUCUCUCACAAGAUUUGAAACUCGUGCAGGCGGAGAAUGAGCAAAUACCCUCUUUGAAAGUUGAUAUCGAUGGCCUUCGUCAGGAGCUCAUGAGAACCAGGGCCGCGUAUGAAUACGAGAAGAAAUUAAAUACAGAACAGAUGGAACAAAGGCAAAUACUGGAAAAGAAUCUCAUUUCAAUGGCCCGUGAAGUCGAGAAGCUGAGGACUGAAAGCAUGACCAUGGACGCGAUGGCUAGGGGACCAGUUGGUCCUUAUGGUCCGGUGAAAGGCAGCCCUGACAUGAGAUACCCUGGAGCAUUCACCGGUGGUUUUGGUGACGACAAGGGUGGCCCUUAUGGUACUGGUCCAUGGAGCUCAUUUAAUCAUAGUUAUCCUCGCCGCUAAAGCUACUUAAUUUCGCAUCACCGUUAAUAAUUAUGUUUAAAUUUAUAUUAUGUUUUACGUUUGGAGUUCCAAAGUUUGUAGUAGAUAUAUGAACUAAUCACUGAUCUUUUGAUCCUGGUUGCAAUAUCAGAUGUAUAAAUUCGGCAAUUUAAGAGUGGAGUCAAUCUAAAUGAAGCAGUGGUGUUAAUUCAAGCAAAUUUUUCAA